AUGUUGUUCAAAACUUCAAUAAUUGCAGUAUUUGCUUUAGUAUUUUGUACCUUAGUGAAGGCAAAGCCAUCUGCAAGGAUUGUUGGUGGUUAUUAUGCAGCAAUUGGACAAUUUCCUCAUCAGGUUGCACUUUUUACAAAUGGUGAAUAUAAUUGUGGCGGAUCUAUUAUAAGUUCACGUUACAUUCUGACAGCUGCUCAUUGUGUUAUUCGUGAUCAUGGAACUGAAAUCUUUCAACCAUAUGAAUUGACUGUUCGCGUGGGUAGCGUUCAGCGUUUAAUCGGUGGAGAAUUAGUUGCAGUGCAAAAAGUAAAAGUCCAUGAAAACUACGGCAACUGGUUAAAUGACAUUGCUUUAUUGGAAUUGGUAAAAAACCUCAAAUUCUCUUCUAACGUUCAACCAGUUGUUAUAUUUGUUGGUGAAGUGCCCAAAAAUGCCCCAAUUAUAAUUUCUGGCUGGGGACGAUUGUAUUUUAAUGGAGAGAAUCCAGAAUGGUUAAAAUACAAUAUCGUAACUAGAUUAGAUCCAGCAGAAUGUCACACACAAAUUGGCUAUGGACAUGAUUCAGUUAUUUGUCUGGCUCAUAAUGUCAAUAAUGGUGCUUGUAAUGGUGAUUCUGGUGGCCCAGCUACGUACGAUGGCAAGCUUGUUGGUAUUAGUAAUUUUAGUGUGGAUGGGUGUGGCAGUCCUAAACCUGAUGCCUUUGGAAAAGUUAACUACUAUCUCGAUUGGAUAAAAUCAAAUAUGAAUUGA